AUGUUCGAGUUGAAGGUAUGCUAGAAAAAGCCGGAUCACCUCUGCCCUGGACACCAAAUUAUGACGAUAGGACAUCGUCAGACUUCAAAGACGUGGAAACUGCGACCUGUAGAUCACUGCGGAAAGCCAUUGACACGCACACACUCAUCGCCGCACCUUCUUGCAAGUUGAUGUACCUCUACGAAGGAUCCGUAUACGCUGUGUCAAAUCUUGCAUUUGAUGAAAGCGCAAUAAUCAUUGACGGGAUCAGGUACAGCAUAGCAUCGAAUCAUGAGCUGAUACGGAAUGCUAUCGAGGCAUAUUCUGAUCCAGAGCAGGGUGCUGAAUUUCAAGCUCCAGUCACUGUGCGAGUUUUUAGUGGUGCAUACUUGUUCAAUGACCACACAUACGUUUGGUGUAAACAGUCAUUCCUGAAAAUUGCAAUAUAUCCGAAUGAAAGGUUUUUUGUCCCAGGUUAUCCACUACGCAAUGGUGUUGACAUCCUGAUUGGCCAUGCGACGUUUGCAACCAAGCCGCACAGCCCACCUCUCAUAGUGCCAACCAUUCGCACAAACAAGGGUACCAUAAUCUUCCACAGCAUAU